CCCGGAACAUCACGGACAGCCAGAAGCGGUUGCAAAUUUAAACAGCCAUCAUAGAAACAAUAGAUACGGAUUUUCACUUUUUGGGCUGUCUGAUGAAGCAGAAUUUAUGUCAAAUUAGGCUAAAAUAUUACUGAGGAUUUUCAGGUGGGAUACGCAGUCUGUGUAAACCUAACUGAAGUCGUCCACAUUGAAGAAAAGUAUGGAAGAAGAAAUGGUCAUGGCUGCAGCAGAGCAAGAAGAUGCUCCAAACAAUGAAGGAGAGUCCAGUGCAGAAAUGCCUGAGAACAGUCCCAUGAAAAGGGGACGGGGGAGACCGAAAGGCUCGAAACAGCAGCAGGUUUCUGUUCCUGACGGUAACGAUGGAGAGGAGGUCUCAGGCAUAUCCAACGGUGAGUCCACCACGCCUCAGAGAGGGAGAGGGCGCCCGAGACUCUCAGAUAAGAGAAACGCAGAGCAACAAGUAGAUGGUGAAAAUUCUGUGCAAACUCCAAAAGCAGGGAGAGGAAGGCCUAAAGGGUCAGGGAAAAGUACCAGGAAUGAAGACGGCACCCCGAAGAAAAGAGGCCGGCCCAAAGGGUCUCUAAACAAAAGCACCCUUGAGAAGGUUGCAGCAGGAGAUUUACCAAAUGGUGGAUCUGAUACACCGAAAAGAGGAAGAGGACGUCCGAAAGGGUCCACGAGCAAACGCAAGUCAGAGAGUAUAAGUGAUGAUGAUGAUGAUGAUGAAGGCAGUUCUGUAACACCUCGCAAAAGGGGUCGACCAAAGGGCUCUCCCAAUAAGAAACCCAGGCUGGACAAAGACGGCAGCAGCGAGGAGGAUGUGGAAUCGAAUGGAAAACUAAACUCGGUAAAACGAGGGCGAGGCCGCCCGAAAAAGUCGAGUGUGUCAAAUGGAAUCUCAAAAGCAGGUCGGAGGGGGAGGCCAAAAAAAAGUGCUAAACUGGUGAGUGGAAAACGAGAGGCGGUUACCCAUUCUGGGAAGAGGGGGAGGGGUCGACCUAAAGGCUCAUUAAAUAAGAAAUCCCCUUCGGUUAAGGUGCACAGCGAUAAGGGCGGCCGUCCACGGAGACCACAUGUCCCACCUGCAAGACUGGAAGCAGUCAUUCCAGCCAAAACUGGGAAGCGUGGUCGACCGAGGAAACAACCAGGCAAAAGGGGAAGGCCGAGGAAGUAUCCUGUGCCGUCGGCGGAGGAGCUGAAGAAGCCCAGAGUGUGGAAGCCGCUGGGGAGGCCGAGGAAAUACCCACGGGCCGACCCUCCAGAGGGAGCGCUCGAAGCCCCUCGCCGAAGCCGCGGCCGACCUCGAAAGUCCGACUCCAAGAAAGGGGCUCAUUUCCGAAAGAGUCUGUCUCCAUCCUCCCUGACCGCUGACGGAACCCCGAGGAAAAGGGGCCGUCCUCCAAGCGCUUCAAAAGUCCAGGAUGGCGUCCCACGGAAAAGAGGCCGACCGAAAGGCUCCGUCAACAAAAACAAAACCAGCAAUGAGAUUCAACGCCUCCGGGAGUCGCCUGUAAAGAACGACUCCUCUGACGGUGACGAGGAUGAUAAAGCGGAGCAGGUGGAGGAGGAGCAAGCCUCAGACGGAGACAAAACAGAGGAAAUGCUCAUGGAUCAAGACGACGGCUUCGACAUCAGUAACCAGGCUUAACGGACUAUCGGAGGCUGUGGCAUGGAGUCUGUUUUCGACCAAAAGGGCACUGCAAAGUGAACUUUACACAGCACAAACCGGAAACGUCACCCUUCGAGAUGCUGUUAAAACAGACGCUAGUGUCAAGGAAAAGACAAAUUUUUAACAUUUUAUCAGUUCAGUAGGCUAGAUAUUCAUCAGCUCCUCUUUUCCCAACUAACUCGUUUUAAUGUGCUUGAUUUUUGUUUCUACAUUCUGUCACCUGAGUAAGCCAACAUAAUGUCUUUUACUAGAACUGGCAUGUAGAGUUUAUUACGGUUAUAGACUAAUGGUUCCAGUUUUUUAAAGGUUAGCGUUCACAUUUAGUGUUUGUCAGUUUUACUGUAAAUUAGGUCGAGUCCCAGGUUUCUGGGAUUGAACUCGGAGGAGAAAAAAGUCCUGACAAAUGUACGAAAAGACAAAAUCAUGUGUGUAGUAUGGAUUUGAACUCUGGGGACGUAAAAUACUGUCUGAUGUCAUGGAUUUUAAUUUUGAAUAAUCUCUCAAUGCCAUGUCUUCAUAUUUGUUUUGCCUUAAUUGCCAAAGCUUUGAAUGUACCGUUCAUCCGUUAUUUUGUAGUUUCUCAGUCCCAUAAACUCGUGUUAAAUACAUUCCUGGGUGAAUCGAAAGCCGCUCGGCUCCAAAUCAUGAAAACUUCCUCCGCUACAUACAGUAUAUCAUUUACUUCUGCAGUAGUUUUCACUCUUUUUUUUUUUUCUAAAUGUUUACAUGUAGCUGUGAAGCUGUUUUGAUUUGUUUUUUUUCUUUUUUUAUAACCUGCAACUUUGAUGAGAUUAAAUUUAAGUGAUUUGGUUUUAUUCCACAAAAUCUGCUUAAUUACUUGUGUGAAAACAUAUGUGACCUGAUUGAUUUGUUUUUUGUUUGUUUUUUUUUCCCCUUGUUGACUCUUCCUGCAUCCAUUGUACAUUAUUAUCACUGAUGUAAACCCCAUAAUGGUCGGGUCAAAAAUUGAAGUUUCUUAAUUGCCAAAUUGUCUCUGUCACGUGUCCAUUUUAUCAUGUGUAAAAGAAUGUGAGAUGAUGCAGAGGACGCUGGGAGGUUUGGAAAUCUGGCUUUGUGAAGUCAAAUUAUUUUAAGAAUUUGGAUUUUUUGUGUGUUUUAAACAUCAAGCCAAUAAUUUGUGAGAUUAUAGUCUUGAAAUAAAAAUGUUGAUCUUGUCAUUUUAUUUUUA